CAUCAAUUGAGUUUGUCUUAGAACAAUAGAUUUUAUUCAGGAAUUUGUUCAUUUGAAACAUUCUUUGAGAGAUGGCAAUGUCGGUCAAAGAAAUGAUCAAACUUGUCACCUUUUUACUUUAUUCAUUCAUUCAUUCAUUAAAUCUUGCAUAGUUUCUAAAUGUUAAUUACUUUGUUUGAUCAUUUAAAUGGUAAAUAAUUGUCAUCGUUCCUCCCACCUUCAUUAUAUGAUGAUAUAUAAACAAAAGAAAAGAUUCUGUAGUUUCAGUGAAUAUGGCUCGUUUGAUUUUGGUUCACAUAGCUUUACUGCUAUUGCUUCUUCAUACAUCCAUACAGACUGAUUUCAAAUCGAACCAUCAUGAGGAUUUCAAAGAAAAGGUUAUUGCAUUGAAAAAUGCACUCAAAACAUUUCCUUCAACUAGAAUGCUUAAAAUCGAUAAGUAUAUCAGAUGCAUGAGCAACUAUUGGAACCGUGAUGCAGUGACUGGUGCUUUAACUCGUAAGAAAACUGAUUCUUAUUACAUGGUUUAAUUCCAGUUCAGCAUUUCAUUAUUUAUGAUUUCCAUGUUGACUUUUCGAAACCACUAAUCACAAAUCGAUCUCAUGUUUAACCAUGAUAUGUGGUCGUAAUAUUUCCAGUUGUCUAUGAAUCAGAAAGUCUCUUGCAUACCAUAAAUAAUCCAUUGAAUUGGAUGGAAUGUGAGUGUAAUAUUGC